AUGAAGGAAUAUGGGUUGAAGCAGUCGUGGACUAAAUUUGGGAUUAACAUUCCGUUUUAUCAUAAUAUCGAGCUGUUGUCUUUGUUGAAAAAUGAUGAAGUUCUGAUCCUGAAAAACUCUGAGAAGUUAGUUUUAUACAACAUAAGAGAGAGAACACACAGGGAUCUUAGAUUUCAGGACAUCCGGCAUGGGCUUAUACUUCUUCUUAACCUACAAAUAUUUGUGGAGAGCCUCAUAUCGCCAUCAUUGAAGUCCUCUUCCUCAGCCACCAUCUUUGACACCAUCCCAAGUACGGUGGCUAUUGAUCCUGUUGUCAGCACCUCUGCUACCAACCCGAGCGCGUCUCCACUAAUCACUACUACCCCUACUGCCGCUGGGGGUGCUCGGGACAGAGAACGAGGCAAAAGGCCUCAUCCUGACGGUGGAGUCAACCUUGAGGAGGAACCUCUUAUAAGAAGGACCCGAGUCUCUGGGCCGAGUGCUCUCUUGCAUUGCCCAGUCAGAGCUCUUGCCCCCUCCGGGCCUGUUGCAGCUGGUGCCUCUGCUUCUGCUUCAGCUUCUCCUUCUCUUCCUGUUUUACCACCAUGGGCUCCUCGACUUUGUUCGAACCCACCGAAGCCGAGCACAUACUGUUCUACUGCUCCUCCUACAGCUUCCUCUAGGAUCACUACAGCUCCUCCUACUGUUCAACCUCUAACCGCUCUUCAUUCGUCAACUGUGGUAUGUCCCAUAGUCACUGCUGACGUUGGCCCCCAGCAGAAUGACUCUGUUAUUCAUCUUGAUUCCCCACCUCGUGAGGGUGAGAUGGCUGACGGGACCGAGGAGGCGGAUCAGCACAACCAGGAGGCUGUCGGUACUGAGGCAGCUAGCUAG